AUGGCAAACAGUUCAAACGAUCAGUGUGAGGAUUUUUUUUAUUUCGAAUCCGACCACUUAGCUUUAAAAGGAAAUAAAGAUUACUGCGAUGUUCUUAAGACUCUAGUAAUCCUUACGGCACAACAUAAGAAGGCCAUACAGGACUUUAAUCAAGUGGUUCAGAUUAGAAAAAACGCCCUUCAAGACCCCUUUUAUACAUUACAGCGAAUCCAAAAUGGGGAGGGGUUAGGUGUGCCGGCAAGAAUUGAACUGCCAAAAAUACCAAAUAUAAAUUUUCAAAAAUAUGACGUAAAAGUUCCGGCUCAAGAUCUGAAAACUAUAUAUUCCGAUACGUCUGUCAAUAGCUCUGAGGAAGAUGUUAUCAAAAUUGGACAAAAUAAUGGUAAUAACAGGGUUUGGACUCCCGAAGAACAAAAACGAUUAGAAGAAUUACUAAUUAUUUUCCCUCCCGAACCAAUUGAAAUGAAACGGUUUCAUAAAAUAGCUAGGGCUCUAGGUAACAGGACAGUGCAACAAGUUUGCAGUAGGGUCCAGAAAUAUUUCUUAAAACUGUAUAGAGCCGGGUUACCUAUCCCGGGCAAAAUUCCCAAAUCUGGAGAAAAGUACAAGAGAUCGAUGGUGCAUAAGCAUCAACGUCACAACCACUAUCUAUGGAAACCUACGACUUUUUUCCCAGAAUUAUAUGUGCCUGUGACUAUGAACGACCUGGACAACAUACCUGGACCAGGUUUAAACUCGUCACCUGUGCCUUCUGGUUCAUCUAAUUAUUUAAUGCCCGCUGAAAGUCACACUUUAAACAACCAGACAAUUAAAACUGAACCAGAACACCAGCUGAAUUUAUUAAAGAGAAUUAGAAGUGAAAAGGUCAAGGAAAUAAGUGGAAGUUACAAUGUGUUUCAACAUUUCGGUUACCGGUGCAAUUACUGCGACGUGGAGCCUAUAGUUGGAUCUCGAUGGCAUUGCAUGAGGUGUACCGACUCGAUUGAUUUUUGUACGGACUGCGUAAUUUCCCAGAUGUAUUCGGAAAAUCCACACCCCUUCCACCAUGCUUUAUCAGUUUUUUACAAUGACACUGAACAACCCAGCUCGCCUGCAACUGACGUGGAGUCGAACUGUAGUUCCGUGAGGAACUGUGAAAGCAACUCGAACUGUGGUGAAAUGUGA